CUUUUUCAUGUUUUACGCCACAAUUAUAAACACCAUUCAUUACAAUUCAAACCAAAUCAUAAAUAUCUGAGAUCUAUUGAAAGCACAGAACUAUUCACAAUACACCAACCUUGGAAAUAUAAUGUCAACAAUUCGACCAGACAGACAACAGGCCCCUAUAUCAAAGGUCCAUUUUCAAAGUUUACUCUUGCCUAACUCGGCUCUUCAGGUUUCUGAUAUAGGCUGAUAGCUUGGAAACAUCGAUACAAUUCCAGUGUAGGCCGACAUUAUUAUUCAUAUCAUUGGGAGGAAUAAAAGCGUUGAGAUUAUCACCCACGAUGGUCGGACAACAAAAGGAAAAUGGUGUUACAAAGACCAAGACUCUCCCCGAUGACAACGUGUAUUCAAAGAAGCGAGAUGUCAGUGUGACGACCACCAUUCUAUCUCUUCUCGCUGUUGCUUUAGCUGUGAUGUGUGCUGUCUUUCGAACCACUCUCCUUCACCAUGGUCAGAUAUUCUGGUCUACAUCCGGGGACUUCAUAGCGAAGCAGUGGGGUAGAUUCUAUGAUUAUUUCGAAGGAAACCAAGUCAAUAUGGGCUUAGUUCUUCAUGGCUACUCUAUCAUAGAGCACUGGUUUGUAGGGUGUAUGUUCUUAAUCAUGGACCUUACUGGUAAACCAAAGUUUAUCACUAAACUAAAGAUUCAAGCUGAUCAGACCGAGAUUCCUACAGGCAAAUUGCUUCGAACCCUGUGGACAGUAUUCCUAAACCAAACCAUCUACAGUCUACCUAUUCUGAUUGCUAUACAUUAUAGUAUGGGAUUAAGAGGUAGCGGGGUUACAGUAGAUGAGCUUCCAACAUUCAAUACCGCCCUCUUUCAGCUAGCUGUGUGUGUGGUGGUGGAAGAAAUAGGCUUCUACUAUACCCAUAGACUGCUUCACCAUCCAUCGAUGUACAAAACCUUCCAUAAGAAGCACCAUGAAUGGACAGCUCCAUUCGGUAUGGUCUCCCUCUACAGUCAUCCGUUCGAUUAUUUUCUCUCUAAUACCUUCCCCGUGGCUCUGGGCUCAAUCGUCUCAGGAUCUCACAUGCUCGUUACAUCAAUCUGGUUUAGGAUAACUCUCUUCGUUACCAUAGUUACUCACUCGGGUUAUUAUCUUCCAUUCCUUCCCUCGCCAGAGUAUCAUGACUUUCAUCAUUUCAAAUUCACAAAUAACUAUGGUGUUCUUGGUGUGUUGGACUGGCUUCAUGGAACCGAUGAUCACUUCAGGAAAUUUAAAGAACUCCAAAAACGUCAAACAAUUCAAUGAAUGUCGAUUCUUGAUCACAAGCUAA